AUGGCAGACAACGAUCAUAAAGGCGAUAUCAAGUUGACCGGCGCUCAAGAGACGUUGCUCCUGACCUUGAUAGCCCGAGCAAGGGACACCGAGUCAACACACCCCAUCCUCAACGACACGUACGCCGCGUCGGUAGUGAAACAGGAUAAAGACAGCGGCUACGGCUUCAGCAAGCGUCUGAGGUACGGACUCCUGGAGCGGCCAGUCUCAGCCUUGAUCUCACUCCGCACACGCAUCCUGGACCUCAAGACGGAGGCCUUCCUAGCCGCCCACCCUGGCCGCGCCACCGUGUUGCACCUGGCGUGCGGGCUGGACUCGAGGAGCUUGAGAGUGAAGUGGCAAGACCAAGGCAGGCUGUGGGUAGACGUCGACAAGCAGGAUGUCGUCGAGCUGCGGAGGCAGGUCACGAGGGAUCCGAGCGCGGGGCCCGGGGCGGAGCCAGUCGUGGUCAUUAUGGAGGGUUUGAGGAUGUAUCUGGAACGUGAUGAGGUCUACGGGUUGCUGCGGCAGAUCACAUGGUGUUUCCUGGACCGGGACGUCCACGGAGAGAUCUAUUUCGACGCUGCCGGGACAAUAACAGUCAACAUCGCCAACACGCUCGGAGUCCUGAAGCAGUUGGGCACAUCGCUGAAAUGGUCUUUGAGCCAUCACUCGGAGCUUGAAAAAGAGGUGCCUGGGCUUAAGUUCCAGGACGGCACGGGCUUCCCGAAAUGGAUCACGCACGAUGCGUUCACGGCUGGCCGGCUUGGCACGAUGGUGCGCAACAUCCUUUACGUGCUCAAUUUCUUGUGGCCUUCAACUCGGGCCGUCGGUAUAUACAGCUACAGAUUCCGAGGAGCUACCUCCUCGAAGAGAUCGAUGGUUUCAUAA